AUGUCGCUCGAUAAUAUUGUUGCUACUCUUCAAAGUCUCUCCGAAGAGCCUAAUAAAUUAAGUGAGGAGGAGGAGGCCAAUUUAUACGUAUAUCUUACUGACAAGAAUACUAAAUUAGCUUACGUAGAAAAAUUACUUAAUCUCUGCAAGACAAAUAACGCUAAGCUUGUAUUCUUGAAAGGACUAUCGAAGAAGUCUGUUUCUGUCGCACAAUUGCUUUCGGAUAUACUUCUGAUUGAAUAUUGGAUGGCAAUAGAGAGUAUAGCAAUGUAUAAAGAGGAUUUGUUUGUCAAGCUGCCUAAUGGCGUCUAUAUGUUAGGAGAACCAGACGGACCUUCAGCUCUGUUUGUCCGAAAUUAUUACCAUGAUCUGGCAACUGUCGUCCUUGAUAGUACUAUAAGAAUACGAAUCACCGUUAACAGUUAUAUUGUUUAG